CAGGAUGCAGCACUGGGCCCGGCGCCUGGAGCAAGAGAUCGAUGGUGUGAUGCGGAUUUUUGGGGGCGUCCAGCAGCUCCGUGAGAUCUACAAGGACAACAGGAAUCUGUUUGAGGUGCAGGAGAACGAGCCUCAGAAGUUGGUGGAGAAGGUGGCAGGAGACAUCGAGAGCCUGCUGGACAGGAAGGUGCAGGCCCUGAAGAGAUUGGCCGACGCUGCAGAGAACUUCCAGAAAGCCCACCGCUGGCAGGACAACAUCAAGGAGGAAGACAUCCUGUACUAUGACGCCAAGGCCGAUGCUGAGCUGGACGACCCUGAGAGUGAGGAUGUGGAGAGGGGGUCCAAGGCCAGCACCCUAAGGCUGGACUUCGUUGAGGACUCAAACUUCAAGAACAAGGUCAACUACUCGUACACGGCCGUGCAGAUCCCCACGGACAUCUACAAAGGCUCCACUGUCAUCCUUAAUGAACUCAACUGGACAGAGGCCCUGGAGAAUGUGUUUAUCGAGAACCGCAGGCAGGACCCUACACUGCUGUGGCAGGUCUUUGGCAGUGCCACAGGAGUCACUCGCUACUAUCCAGCCACCCCAUGGCGAGCCCCUAAGAAAAUCGACCUGUACGAUGUCCGAAGGAGACCCUGGUAUAUCCAGGGGGCCUCGUCGCCCAAGGACAUGGUCAUCAUCGUGGAUGUGAGCGGCAGCGUGAGUGGCCUGACCCUGAAGCUGAUGAAGACGUCCGUCUGUGAGAUGCUGGACACGCUCUCUGAUGAUGACUAUGUGAACGUGGCCUCGUUCAAUGAAAAGGCACAGCCUGUGUCAUGCUUCACACACCUGGUGCAGGCCAAUGUGCGUAACAAGAAGGUGUUCAAGGAAGCUGUGCAGGGCAUGGUGGCCAAGGGCACCACAGGCUACAAGGCCGGCUUUGAGUAUGCCUUCGACCAGCUGCAGAACUCCAACAUCACUCGUGCCAACUGCAAUAAGAUGAUCAUGAUGUUCACGGAUGGUGGUGAGGACCGCGUGCAGGAUGUCUUUGAGAAAUACAAUUGGCCCAACCGGACGGUGCGUGUGUUCACUUUCUCCGUGGGGCAACACAACUACGACGUCACACCCCUGCAGUGGAUGGCCUGCGCCAACAAAGGUUACUAUUUUGAGAUCCCUUCCAUUGGAGCCAUCCGCAUUAACACACAGGAAUAUCUGGAUGUAUUGGGCAGGCCCAUGGUACUGGCAGGCAAGGAGGCCAAGCAGGUGCAGUGGACCAACGUGUAUGAGGAUGCACUGGGGCUGGGGUUAGUGGUGACAGGGACCCUCCCUGUUUUCAACCUGACACAGGAUGGCCCUGGGGAAAAGAAGAACCAGCUGAUCCUGGGUGUGAUGGGCAUCGAUGUGGCUCUGAAUGACAUUAAGAGGCUCACUCCAAACUACACGCUUGGAGCUAACGGCUAUGUGUUUGCCAUUGACCUGAACGGCUACGUGUUGCUGCACCCCAACCUCAAGCCCCAGGUGAGCCAGGGGGGUGGCCAGGAGGAGGGUAAACUCUACAGGAUGGGGACCCCUGACUUCCUGCCCUGCCUCCCACAGACCACCAACUUCCGGGAGCCUGUGACUCUGGACUUCCUGGAUGCUGAGCUGGAGGAUGAGAACAAAGAGGAGAUCCGUCGGAGCAUGAUCGAUGGCAACAAGGGCCACAAGCAAAUCAGAACACUGGUCAAGUCCCUGGACGAGAGGUACGUAGACGAGGUGAUGCGGAACUACACCUGGGUACCUAUAAGGAGCACCAACUACAGCCUAGGGCUUGUGCUCCCGCCCUACAGCACCUUCUACCUCCAAGCCAACCUCAGUGACCAGAUCCUGCAGGUCAAGUUGCCAAUCAGCAAACUGAAGGAUUUUGAGUUCCUGCUCCCCAGCAGCUUUGAGUCUGAAGGACAUGUUUUCAUUGCUCCCAGAGAGUAUUGCAAGGACCUGAAUGCCUCAGACAACAACACCGAGUUCCUGAAAAACUUCAUUGAGCUCAUGGAGAAAGUGACUCCAGACUCCAAGCAGUGCAACAACUUCCUUCUGCACAACCUGAUCUUGGACACAGGCAUCACACAGCAGCUGGUGGAGCGUGUGUGGCGGGACCAGGAUCUCAACACGUACAGCCUUCUGGCCGUGUUCGCUGCCACUGAUGGUGGCAUCACUCGCGUAUUCCCCAACAAAGCAGCGGAUGACUGGACGGAGAAUCCAGAGCCCUUCAAUGCCAGCUUCUACCGUCGUAGCCUGGACAACCAUGGCUAUGUCUUCAAGCCCCCGCACCAGGACGCCCUGUUAAGGCCACUGGAGCUGGAGAAUGACACAGUGGGCAUCCUCGUCAGCACAGCUGUGGAGCUCAGCCUGGGUGGACGCACACUGAGGCCAGCAGUGGUAGGUGUUAAGCUGGACCUAGAGGCCUGGGCCGAGAAGUUCAAGGUGCUAGCCAGCAACCGUACCCACCAGGACCAGCCUCAGAAGCAGUGUGGUCCCAGCAGCCACUGUGAGAUGGACUGCGAGGUUAACAAUGAGGACCUGCUCUGUGUCCUCAUUGAUGAUGGGGGAUUCCUGGUGCUGUCAAACCAGAAUCAUCAGUGGGACCAGGUGGGCAGGUUCUUCAGUGAGGUGGAUGCCAACCUGAUGCUGGCACUCUACAAUAACUCCUUCUACACCCGCAAAGAGUCGUACGACUAUCAGGCAGCCUGCGCCCCCCAACCCCCAGGCAACCUGGGUGCUGCACCCCGGGGGGUCUUUGUGCCCACUAUUGCAGACUUCCUUAACUUGGCCUGGUGGACCUCCGCUGCAGCCUGGUCCUUGUUCCAGCAGCUUCUCUACGGCCUCAUUUAUCACAGCUGGUUUCAGGCAGACCCCGCGGAGGCUGAGGGGAACCCCGAAGCGCGAGAGAGCAGCUGCGUCAUGAAACAGACCCAGUACUACUUCGGGUCGGUGAACGCCUCCUACAACGCCAUCAUCGACUGCGGAAACUGCUCCAGGCUGUUCCACGCGCAAAGACUGACCAACACCAACCUUCUCUUCGUGGUGGCCGAGAAGCCUCUGUGUAGCCAGUGUGAGGGUGGCCGGCUUCUGCAGAAAGAGACACACUCCCAGCGGACGGCCCGGAGCAGUGUGAACUGGUGCAGAGACCGCGAUACCGGAGAGGCCCGCAUAUCUGCUUUGACUACAACGCGACGGAAGAUACCUCAGACUGCGGCCGCGGAGCUUCCUUCCCGCCGUCGCUGGGCGUCCUGGUCUCCCUGCAGCUGCUGCUCCUCCUGGGCUUGCCUCCUCGGCCGCAGCCCCAAGUCCACGCCCACGCCUCGCGCCGCGUCUGAGCGCCCCCUCCUGCCCCUCCCCAGGCCUCCCCGCCUCUCCCCUGCCCCCCCCCCCCGACCCGGGGGGGGGGGGAGGGGGGGUCUCAAAGGAGGGUGCCGCAGGUCUUUGGCCCCCAAGCCACAUCUCGCCGCCGAACUGUCAAAGUGACCCCAGACCCCUUAUUCCCACUGGACUCACCCGCCCCUGAGGGCUGGGACAGGGAAGCCACAGUACUGGUGCCAAACCAGGCCUCCACUGCCCACCCUGCCCCAAGGCUCCCUUUGUGUGGGAGACCUAGGCCCUGCCCCAGCUGGACUUCUCUAACCUGGCCCUUAUGUCCCACCCAGGACCAAAUCUGGAUUCCCUGGGAAUAAUGAAGUUGAGAUGGGCAGUUUGAGGCUUGUGCAUCCCAUCUUAAGUCCUGGCAGGAGGGAGGUCCUGAGGCAGCCCCUCAAUGGCUCCUGCCCCUAUCAGGCCUACAGCCACCUCCCACCUUCUUCCAGCCCUGCAGGUGACAGGCCAGUGACAGUGACACUGGCUCAGACACAACCCCAUAAACACCUGGAGCCCUGAGGGCAGAAACUGGAUUCACAUUAGACUUACCUAGGAGGACGAACACACAUACACAGACACACACACACAGACACACACACACACACACACAAACACCAUGGGAUGGGGUGGGGGUAGGGGCUCACAAAGCCUUACACAGGGCAGGGGGUUGGUGGGAGGGUUGGCACAUGCACACUUCAUCUGCUCACUGCCCACCUCUAAUCUGACCUGCAGCCCAGCUGGUCCUCUGUCUCUAAAGCUGAAUGUCAAACAGUGCCAAAUGCUGGGACAGGGGGUUCACCUCUGUCCCACCCUAGCCACCAGUGUCCUGGAAAUGUCCCUCACCCCACCAGGUGCUCAUUGUAACCAUUUCGCACUAGUGUCAGGCCCCCAGCGAGACCACAUGCCACUGCCUGCACCUCUUGGCAGAGGAAUCUUCACCAGACAUUGCCCUUUGCCUUAGCCAGAGUGACAUAAUCACUCCUGGCUGGGCUAUCCCACCCCCAAUCUGGCCCUUACACACUCAGGCCUGUGCUCCACUCCCUGUUUCUUCACACUCACACAAUGGGGGAGGGGGAGCAAACUGCUCUCCCCUGCUGAACACACACGUGCAUGCAUACACACACACAUGCACACACUCUGUGCACACACAGAGGCUGGGCCCAGGCACAUGUCUUCACACCAUUCAUUCUGAUCAUUUCCCCCAUAGGCAUCCCAGCCUGGGGGCAAGUGGGGGACGGGAGAGCAGGGGGAUGUGGCCAAGAGGCUCAGAUGGACUGGGAGGAGGGGGGAGGGUGAUGCAUUAAUUAAUGGCUCCAUUAAUUAAUGUCACGUUGCUUGUUGCUUUCUCAGUGUGUGUGUAUGGUCCAUGCCCGCUGCUGGUGCCAGGGUGGGCACCCAUGCUGUACACCCAGCCUAGAUGCCAGCCAUGUCUUGCGGGGGCGUGUGUGUAACUGUAGUGUAGUCAGGUGCUCAAUGGAGAAUAUAAAAAUAAAAAAGAAACAUAUACAGAAAAAUAAAUAUAUAUUUUAAGUUUAAAAAACAGGAAAACAGACAAACAAUCCCCAUCAGGUAGUUGUCCAACCCCCAGCUGGGUCUAAUCCUUCUCAUCACCCACCCGACCUGGCUGCCCCCUCACCUCGGGCUCGGGGGAUCUGUGGGGGACUGGGGGACCAUUUCCUUUUCUCUGCCCUUUUUUUUUUGGUUGUUGUUCUAUUUUGUACAGACAAGUCAGAAAAACAACAGUGACAAAAAAGUCAAGAAACUUUGUAAAAUAUCGUGUGUGUGAUUCCUUGUAAAAUAUUUUCAAAUGGUUUAUUACAGAAGAUCAGUUAUUAAAUAAUGUUCAUAUUUUCACUUCAAA